AUUUCCCCGCCAUUCCGCCUUGCACCUCUUCAGUCGAAAUAGCCCUUUUAUUACCUACCUACCUACCUUACCUACUGUACCUUUGCCUCAACAUCACAAGUCACGUCAGGCCAGACCCUUCCAGUCCCGUACACGUUCUUCUCCCUCCUUUUGACCAAAGCCCACCUGCGCUCUGGGUGAUUCUUGUCACCUUCACCUCCAUUCCGCCAGAAGUACAAGACAUCUUCGAUGGCUGCCAGUUGUGCUCCUCGCGACGACUAGCCUCUUUCUCCUCUUCGUUCCCAUCCAGUUGAACUUAUUUGCCUGGACCACGAUCCGCACGCCGAUUCUUCUGCUUUCUGGCCCAAGAUCCUCCAUCCCACCCAAUCUGAGCUUAGCCCUAUCUUACCACGACGCCGAUCGCGACUCGGUAACCGGCCUGGCUGCUGAACCCCGACCGCAAUCAUCUCCAUGGCUAUCACUAUACCGGAGCUGGACAAUUUGGUUCGCUCCUUCUACGAGGGGCGGGGCGAGCAGCAAAAGCAAGCCCAAGCUGCCCUCAAUCAGUUCAAAGAGGACCAAGACUCAUGGCUUCUUGUCGAUAAAAUCUUAUCAGAAGCGACCUAUCCUCAGACGAAAUACUUGGGUCUGCAAGUUCUGGACAGUGUUAUCAUGACAAGAUGGAAGAUUUUGCCUCGCGAGCAAUGCCAAGGUAUUCGCAACUUCAUCGUCCAGUUCAUCCUCCAGAUUUCGAGUGCCGAAGAUAUAAUGAAGGAGCAAAAGACUCUCCUCAACAAGCUCAACCUCGUUCUCAUCUCUAUCCUUAAGCAGGACUGGCCCCAUAACUGGCCUACCUUCAUCAACGAAAUCAUCUCGUCCUGCCACUCGAGCCUGUCCGUUUGCGAGAAUAACAUGGUCAUUCUGAGACUGCUCUCGGAGGAAGUGUUCGACUAUUCUUCAGACCAAAUGACGUCGACCAAGGUCCGCAAUCUGAAGACGACAAUGUGUGCCGAGUUCUCGCAGAUCUUCACCUUGUGUCAAGAGGUCCUCAACUCGGCCACCCAGAUCAGUCUGAUCAAGGCUACCCUAGAGACUCUCUUGCGCUUCUGCAACUGGAUCCCAUUAGGCUACAUCUUCGAGACCCCUCUGAUCGAGACCCUGCGGACGCGCUUCCUGCCUGAACCCGAGUUCCGUAACAUCACACUGAAGUGUUUGACCGAGAUCGGAGGUCUCCAGACUGGCGGCCCUGGACAGCCGAAUACGUAUGACGAGGCCCUGGUCAAGAUGUUCACCGAGGUUCUCACUACCAUCUCCAACAUCAUUCCCAUCACCAUCGACCUCAAGUCGACAUACCCGAAUAGUAAUUCCAGGGACCAGGAGUUUGUGCAGAACCUGGCCCUGUUUCUCACCAAUUUCUUUGGCGUGCACCUGAACCUCAUCGAGAACCUUCCCAAUCGAGAUUACCUCACUCAUGGCCACUUCUAUCUGAUCCGGAUAUCCCAGAUUGACGACCGCGAAAUCUUCAAGAUUUGCCUCGACUACUGGCUUAAGCUGGUCAACGAACUAUACGACGAGAUGCAGCAGCUCCCGAUGGCCGAGUUGAAUCCGCUCCUCGGUAUGGGCAUGGCCAGCGGAGGCGCACCGAACCCGGCGCUGCUGGCGAACUACCCGCUCCGGAAACACAAGUACGCCGAAGUUCUAUCGAACCUUCGAACAGUCAUGAUCGAGAAGAUGGUUCGGCCGGAAGAAGUGCUCGUUGUCGAAAACGACGAGGGCGAGAUCGUCCGCGAGUUUGUCAAGGAAAGCGACACGGUCCAGCUGUACAAGACGAUCCGGGAGUGCUUGGUCUACCUAACGCAUCUGGAUGUCAAUGAUACCGAGAACAUCAUGACCGAAAAGCUGGCCCGCCAGGUGGAUGGCUCCGAGUGGUCGUGGCACAACUGCAACGUCCUCUGCUGGGCCAUCGGGUCCAUAUCGUUGGCCAUGAACGAGGAGACCGAGAAGCGCUUUUUGGUGACGGUGAUUAAAGACCUGCUCGGCUUGACCGAAAUGAAGCGGGGCAAAGACAACAAAGCUGUUGUCGCCAGCAAUAUUAUGUACAUUGUCGGCCAAUACCCUCGAUUCCUCAAAGCUCACUGGAAGUUUCUGAAGACGGUCGUCAACAAACUGUUCGAGUUCAUGCACGAGUCGCACGAAGGUGUCCAGGACAUGGCCUGCGACACAUUUAUCAAGAUCGCCAAGUCGUGCCGGCGUCACUUUGUCGCGCUGCAGCCCAGUGAGACUGAGCCGUUCAUCGAAGAGAUCAUUCGAAACCUUCACAAGAUCACUUGCGAUCUGACCCCACAGCAAAUCCAUACUUUCUAUGAAGCAUGCGGUUAUAUGGUCUCUGCGCAGGGAAAUAAGCACCAACAAGAAAGGUUGCUGACAGAUCUCAUGAAUAUUCCGAAUACCGCCUGGGAUGAAGUGAUCAAGGCCGCCAGGGCGGACCCCACCUUCCUUCAGGACUCGGAGACCAUCAAGAUUAUUGGCAACAUCAUGAAGACGAACGUCUCGGCUUGCUCCUCCGUCGGCCCUUACUUCUACCCUCAGAUCGGUCGCAUCUUCCACGACAUGCUGCAAAUGUAUCAAGCCACUAGCCAGCUCAUCUCCGAAGCUGUGCAGAAUCAAGGUGAGAUUGCGACAAAGAUGCCCAAUGUUCGCGGCCUUCGCACGAUCAAGAAGGAGAUCCUCAAGCUGGUCGAGACGUACGUCGAGAGGGCCGAGGACUUGGCAGCUGUGCAACAGCAGAUGGUUCCUCCUCUGCUAGAGGCCGUGCUCACGGACUACAAUCGGAAUGUUGCGGGCGCUCGUGACGCUGAAGUUUUGAAGGCCAUGUCGGUCAUCAUCACCAAGCUCUCCAGCUUGAUGGAAGACCAAGUCCCCGGAAUCAUGGAGAACGUGUUUGAGUGCACGUUGGACAUGAUUAACAAGGACUUCUCCGAAUACCCGGAACACCGGGUGGAGUUCUUCAAUCUGCUGCGUGCUAUCAACCUGCACUGCUUCCCCGCCCUCUUGAAACUGGACAACCGCCAGUUCAAGUUCGUCAUUGACUCUUGCACCUGGGCGUUCAAGCACGACAACCGUGACGUCGAGGCUGCUGGGCUUAGCAUGUGUCUAGAGCUCAUUAACAACAUCGCGGAUACAGAUGCCCAGACGUCGAACGCAUUCUUCCAGCAGUUCUUCAUUACUAUAUUACAGGACGUACUUUUCGUUUUGACCGAUACCGAUCACAAAGCCGGUUUCAAGACGCAGUCGAUGAUUUUGAUGCGCAUGUUCUACUUUGUGAAUCCAUCGGACGGCAGCCCUCCGAAGAUCCAGGGUCCCAUCUAUCCGCCAGAUCAGGCACCAGCCGGCACGCCCAACAAGGAGUUCCUGGCCAACUUCGCGGCGACGCUGCUUCACAACGCUUUCCCCAACCUUCAACUGGCUCAAAUCCAGGUCUUUGUCGAGGGCUUAUUCGCGCUAAACACGCAGUACGACAAGUUCCGCUUGAAUCUGCGAGACUUCCUCAUUUCGCUCAAGGAGUUCGCCGGCGACAACGCCGAGCUGUUCCUUGUCGAGAAGGAGCAACAGGAAAGGGAGGCCAAGGCAGCCGACUUCGAACGUCGUGGGAAGGUCGGCGGAUUGCUGAAGCCGUCCGAGAUUGAGGACGACGAACUGUAGACCCGUUUGAAUGGCGACUUUCCUGCUUUCUAGGUAGGGGGUAGCCAUGAACUGCAACCUCAGCGUGGCUUAUACAGCCCGUGAUUCCUGUAUCGUCUGUAGCGCGGAGUAUUAUUCCCCCUUGGCUAUAGGUAGUGAGCAGUGAUCAAGGAUCCCAUAAAAUAAGAGCCGCUUCCUUUCGCGCAAAUAGAGGAUUAUUUGUAAUGGAGAGGUCGUCGCCGUCGAGUAUCUAUCCCGUAAUCGAGAAUGCCUGUGUAGGAGACAACCCACCACACAUGUGCCGCUUGAGCUUGGAGUUCUCGACGGCUUCUGAACGAUGGACGCGGUAGCCAGUCGGGAUUCAAUCGUCUUCCGGGACUGGAGAAACAUGGUGAGCUUCAAUACUUCUGCCGUCGAUGUCUAGUCCCCUCCUGCGAAGAUAUGAACAAGAUGCUGGAGCAUUUGGCACAGAUAUAUCCCCCAGCG